CUUCCCCUAUAUUCCCCUACAUUUGCUCGAGGUACCCAACCAGCAGCACCCGAACCAUCUCCCUCCGAUCCUGCAAGAGCCGAGCAACCCCAACAAUUUCACCCCAUGUUCCGCCGAGCCAGUGGCCUCUUGGCCCGAUCAUUAUUUCUCUCCUCCUCUAGGUCCUGGGUUCGACCAUUCUCGACCGAUCUCCCGGCGGCUCCGACCGCGGACUCCACCUUCGUGGAGGCCUGGAAGAAAGUGGUACCAAACAUAGAACCCCCCAAGACCCCUAUCGCCUUCGUGAAACCUCGCCCUUCCAUUCCCUCCUCCAUCCCUUCCAAGCUCACCGUCAACUUCGUGCUCCCGUAUGCCUCCGAGCUGUCCACCAAAGAGGUUGACAUGGUCAUAAUACCAGCAACAACGGGGCAAAUGGGUGUUCUUCCUGGACAUGUAGCAACAAUUGCAGAGCUGAAACCCGGUGUCCUGUCAGUGCAUGAAGGGAAUGAAGUGACCAAGUAUUUCAUCAGCAGUGGCUUUGCUUUCAUCCAUGCAAACUCAUAUGCAGAUGUUGUUGCCAUCGAGGCUGUGCCUAUUGAUCAAAUUGACCCAACUCUUGUCCAGAAGGGGCUCGCAGAGUUCACACAGAAGCUGAGCUCAGCCUCAACUGACUUGGAGAAAGCUGAAGCUCAAAUUGGAGUUGAUAUGCAUAGUGCUCUCAACUCUGCUCUGACAGGUUAAUAUUAUUUGUGUUUGUGCUCCCCUCUUGAUCUAGUCACUUUGUCACUUUUUACUUCUUUAUGGCUACCCUCAAUGACUCUGAUUUUUCUCCUGGAGCCAAUAUUUCUCAAGACAUUUGGUUCUUUUAUUUCUGCGUUGAAUGUGGGUUUGGUGGAAAUAAUCUUGAAAUGUGAAUUCUGGCAUUCAGAAAGUUGGAGCAGAACUUCCAAGGAA